AUGCUUGUUCCAUUGGGACGUGUUCGUCAGAGUAUCGAUAUAUUACAAAAAAAUAUUUAUGAAUAUCAUCAUGGAUCAAGUCUUUCUUUAUCAACAAAUUCAAUUCAAUAUCCAUCAACAAAUAAAAUAAAAUCAAGACGUUGUCAACAGUUAAUACAAUUUGUUGAAGAAUCAUGCACAAUUAUUCAAGCAAUAUUUGUUCGUUGUAUAUUUAUUCUUUCAACUCUAGUUACCGUUUGGCGUCUUGUCGAAGAAACAAAACAAGUUUAUUAUUGGUAUUUACUUUUAUUACUUAUUUUUCUUAUUAUUGAAACUUAUGUUAUGGUUUAUAAACGAAAAGGAUAUGAAUCUAAAUGGUUUUGUUCAUCGGCAUUUGCUUAUUUAAUUGCCAUUGUACCUUGUAUAUGGUUAUUAGAAUUAAAUUAUACAUUUCGUUCGUCACUAAUAUCAAAUCAAACAAGAAUAUCAUUCAAACUUCAACGUCAGUUUGAAUUUAAAUCUUCAGCUAAUGGAUAUAUAGAUGAUGUUGAUCGAGAUAUUAGCAAUUCAAAAGAAAAUCUAAUGAUAGAUAAAUAUACAUUAGCGACUAAAAGAAAACAUUUGAUUUCAACAGCAUUAAAACCAACAAAAAUACAGGAUUUAACAUUAGAAAAAUUAUUCAAAACACCACAAGAAUUGAUGUCGAAAUUAAAUACACAUUUAUCAAUAGAAGACUGGCAUAUGAUUAUUGAACAAAUGACUUUACUUGUACUUAUUCUAAGUCGUUGGUUAUUACCAAAAGGUGAAUUAACCCGUGAAGAACUUUCACAAUUAUUAUUAAUUUAUAUUGGUAUUGCUGCUGAUAUAAUAGAAUUUUUUGAAGUAUUUAAAGAGAAAAAUGUUCGAACAAAUGUAAUGUUAAGUAUUUUAGUUCUACUUUUUUGGACAUUAAGUUUAUUACAGUUUUGUCUUGCAUUUACUAUAACACAUGGCUUACAUAGUCGUCUAGUUUUAAAACAAGAACAAGAACGACGAUUUAUUUGUAGUCCAUCAGAUUUUUGGGGAAUGCUAAUGUCAUUAUUACUUCAAGAUAUACCAUUUUUUGCAUUUCGUGCUACACUUCUAUUUCAUUAUCGUAUAUUCUCAUACUCAACCGUAUUUUUUACAUCAAAAAACGGUCUUAUUAUUAUACUUCAAUGGUAUCGUAUAACAGUUAUCUUAGCAGCAACAAUAUCAGAAGAACGACAACGUUAUCGAUAUCAACAUAGAAAAUUAAUUCAAAUUCUUGAAACUAAUACUGAUGGUAGAAUAAUAAAUAAAACUGAUAAUUGUUCAGAAAAUGAUGAGAAUCAGAAUAAUAAUAAUAAUAAUAUUAUUCAUGUUUAA